UAAAACAUAUUGUUAUAAGUGUUUCUCACCGUAGGAAGAAAAUACAGAGGUAAGGUAAACUAUAAACACAUCGGCUUAAAGUACAGUUACUCAUAGCAUCUCAAAAGUUGCAUCAAACUUUACUGGUUUUGAUGUUAUCUAGUUGGAAGGGUAAGUGUUUGUGUGGAGACACAGUGUUCCAGGUGGCAGCUCCAUGUGCAGCCAGUAGGGGGAAUCGACUGCUCGCGCUGAAGCCAUCCCCUCUGUCUCCACUCCUCUACUCCUCUUCCCUGCCUUCUCCCAGGUUGUGGAAACGCUGCAGCCCGCUGGUCUGUGUCUGGAUCCCUCUCUCGCUCAAAGACCCUCCCACCGCCUGGGCUCGGAAGGAGGAGGCAGUCUGCUCUGCUCGCAGCCUCGGACGAGCCCCCUUUACCACCCUGUCAGUGUGGAGGAGAAGGAGAGAGAGAGAGAGAGAGAGAGAGAGAGAGAGAGAGAGAGAGAGAGAGAGAGCAGCUGUGACAGAGAGAAAGAGAACGAGGCAGGCUGCUUAGAGGAGUGAGAGAGCCAAGGAAGAAAUAAGGAACACAUUUUACAAGAGCAGAAAGAGGGAGGAUCGCAGACGAGGGACUCCUUCUCCACUGGACACCCAGGACACAGUCACUGUGUUUUUUUUUCACUCAUCUACUAGCUGGAACUCAGUGGAUUGACUAACCAACCAGUGGAUUUUCUUUUUUAAUAUACUCUUGUGUCACAUCGUUCAGAAACUGGGAUCUCUGUUCUCCGUCCUCUCGCUGGCUCAACCCCUACAGACUGAGAUUGCUUUCUGUGUCUGUGCUCAGCUCUCGGGUUGUGAUUCUGCCCCCCCCCCCUUCACUCAAAGUGCAUCUGUCGGCAACCGGCGGUGAGGAUAUCUCCCCCUCUGUCAAACAGGACAGCACGCAGCCACCGUCGAAUCAGGCUCCAGAGGCGAGAGGAGAAAGUGUGUGCAUGUAAGAGAGAGAACGAGAGAGAGGGGCAGUGAGAGAGAGUCAGAUUCACAGUGUGUUUGAGAGAGAGGCAGAUUAAAGCCCAGGCGAAAGACUGGAGAGAAACAGCUUAAAUAGAGAAGUGAACCUAUACGUCCUCUCCCGUUUUCCUCACCAUUCCUUUCCUCUUCCUCUCCUUCUCCUCUUCCUCUCCCAUUUUCCAACAUUCAUAGGACUGCCAGAGCUACUGCCACCUGCACCUCCUCGCGUCUUCUCUUUCCUCUUCUUCCUCUACCUCACCCUUAUUACUAUCCGAUAGCGGUCUCGGUUCGAGCACUUGUGGAAAUAUUUCCAUUGAACUGGCAGCGAGAGACCGAGUGAGGAUCCAUCUGAUCCUGAGUCUCAGUAAGGCACAGUUCACCAGGAGCUUCCCCGUCAGAGGCGGACCUUCUCCCAGCCACUGUCCACCACGCAGACCCAGCCUUCUCCCUGGAGGACCAGCUUGCGACACAGUGGUGCGGACAGCGAAGACAGGAAUUGCACAGUCCCCUCCGUUGCCUCUACCCCAUUGCUAGCUACUUGGCAGCUCCCGCCCCCGUGUCACCAUUCCCUGCCUCAGUGCUAAGGAUUCCAGCUACAUGGGCAAGCGAUUGGAGCAGCAGCCAAUGUACCCUCAGUACACCUACUACUACCCCCACUAUCUCCAGACCAAGCAGCCCUAUGCUCCACCCCCUCAUCCCAUGGCUCCUCCCAGCCCUAGCACCAACAGCUGCAGCCAGGGAGGGGCGGAGCAGCUGAGUAAGACCAACCUGUAUAUUCGAGGCCUGCCACCUGGGACCACCGACCAGGAUCUCAUCAAACUCUGCCAACCGUAUGGAAAAAUAGUGUCAACCAAGGCCAUUCUGGAUAAGAACACUAACCAGUGCAAAGGUUAUGGCUUUGUGGAUUUUGACAGUCCAGCUGCAGCACAGAAGGCCGUGUCGUCUCUCAAAGCCACCGGAGUGCAGGCCCAAAUGGCCAAGCAACAAGAGCAGGACCCCACCAACCUAUACAUCUCCAACCUGCCAGUGUCUAUGGAUGAGCAGGAGCUGGAGAAUAUGCUGAAGCCUCUGGGUCACGUCAUCUCCACGAGGAUACUGAGGGAUGCCAACGGGGUCAGCAGAGGAGUCGGCUUCGCCAGGAUGGAGUCUACAGAGAAGUGUGAAGUAGUGAUACAGCAUUUCAAUGGAAAGUACCUGAAAACCCCGCCAGGCAUUCCAGCUCCCACGGAGCCUUUGCUGUGCAAAUUUGCCGACGGAGGGCAAAAGAAACGCCAAAGCCAGAGCAAGUACCCUCAGAACGGGAGGCCGUGGCACAGAGAAGGCGAGACUGGCAUGGCGUUAACAUAUGAUCCUGCUGCAAUGCAGAAUGGGUUCUACUCCUCGCCUUAUAGCAUCGCCACCAACCGCAUGAUCGCACAGACCUCCAUCACGCCCUUCAUCGCUGCUUCCCCCGUUUCCACAUAUCAGGUCCAGAGUACGUCAUGGAUGCCUCAUCAACAAUAUGUUAUGCAACCUACAGGUGCAGUGAUCACGCCAGCCAUGGACCACACUAUGUCCAUGCAGCCUGCCAGCAUGAUGGGGCCUCUCACCCAGCAGAUGAACCAUCUGUCCCUGGGCACUACAGGAAGUUACAUGACUGCUGCAGCCGCCGCGGCGCCUAUGCAAGGGACCUACAUUCCCCAGUACACUCCUGUGCCUCCAACAGCCGUCCCUGUCGAAGGAGUGGUGACAGACGCCUCACCCCAGACAGUGGCUCCUUCAUCACAGGAGGUGGCUGGCCAGCAGCAACAGAUCCAGGUGGACAGUGCUGCCGACCAUGUUCCUGCUUACUCAUACCAGUCCAAAUAGCAACGGCCUGAGCGAAUGUUCCUGUGACAGCGUUGCCUUGAGACAGAAGGUGGCUGCACUGUGAAUGUGAGGAAAAGAGAAAAGAAAGAGAUUGCUUCCAGAUUGCCCAGGCACCAAAAAAGAGACACUUUUUUCAUUUCCUACCUGGCCUACAAGAAAAAAAAAAUCAAGAAGGAGGCAAAGAGUACUGAGGAAAGGGGAUGGGGAAAUUGCUGGGCACAGUGCAAAGAAGUGAAAUUGUUUAGUCUGGGAACCUGGCUGAAGGGCUGGGCUGAAGCUUGAAAAGUUUCUCAAAGAAAAUUCUCAACCGAUUAAAAAAAAAAAAAGAAAAAAUAACAAAACAAAAAAAAAAGGUUGAAUGCGCAGGUAGGUGAUGAAGUUUAUUUUGUAAUUAGAAAAAGGGGAGUCAAGUUUGAGAUACACACAGAGAUUGUCUUCCUCAGAUAUUAAGCUACAAUUUCUUUUCAGUCUUUUUAUGUUCUAGUGUUAAAUCUUAGUUUUCUAGAUAUAUUCAAAAACAAAGUGUUUUUUUUUCUUUCUUGAAUCUUCAUGGCCUUAAUUUGAAGGGCGCCAGAAACUUUUUACAGAGUUAAAGUCUGUCGUCUGGUUGGGGGUAAAAAAAGCAAACAAAAUCAGUCUCUUGGACCACGUGGAGGGUACAAGACACUGGAGAGGUUGUUCUAAAGAGGAAAAAAGAAUCUAUCACAUAAGCUGUACAGAUUUAAUAGAGAAGAGCUUUUUUCUUUUCUUCAUUAGAAGAAAACUUUGAUAAUUAUUAUGUCAGAGGUAACUAAGUGUCAGAAGAAAACAAAAUGUCUGUUGGGGAAAAAAAGACUCAAGGGGGGGAAGAUGAAGCUUUGAAGAGAUUUUUCACAAUGAGGAAAAAAGAAAACAUAAGAAAACAUGCUGCAUUGUGGAUGCAGUCUGUUGCAAAUGCUGAACUUGUUUUUUAUUAUCAUUAUUAUUUUACAUGGCGAAGUUGCUGUCGAUGACAUUAGUGCUUUUUAUCUGCCACAUUUUACCUUUUUAUGAGCUUUAAGAUGUUUUUAGCCCGCUUUGCUUGUCACACUGCGAAAAGAAAAAAAAAAAGAAGAAGAAAAAAAUUAUAAAAUGAACAAAAAAAAAAGCUACAGAAAAAUUCUGGCAGUAAAAUAAAAACAGUAGAUUCAGUAGGAGCUUAUGGUUUAAACCAAUCAGUGCAAAAGCAAUAGAAGAAAUUGUUGACAAUUUCUGUAGUCUUUCCUAGUUGUGGAUCAAAUGCAGCCCAUGGAUGGCCAUUUUUAUACCAAAGAUGAAGAGACACUCUGAACCAGAGUUUUUUUUCUCUCUCUCUUUUGUUUUCCUUUAUUUUGUCGUUUUUUUCCCUUUUCAUUUUUCAGUUUGAUUUUGUUGUUGUUGAUGUUGUUGCUGUUGUUGAUGUUAAUGUUGAUAUUGUUGUUGUUGUUGUUGCUGUUGUCGUCGUUUUUUUAUUUGACCUUGAUGGCCGGACCAGUCCUUACUAUCCUUCCUGACAUGUUCUUUUCACCGGGUUUAAAGAUGGUUUUUCAUGCUUGUCCGAGCUGUCACACACACACACACACACACACACACACCUGUACACACACACACACAUGCGUCUAAACAUGCUUACAAACUCUUCCACAUACAUCAGACAGUAUUUAAACGUGUGACACGGCCGGUGGCAGUCGUACCAAAAGUCCUUUUUCUUCACCUCCUCUUCUCGUCUUUUCGUUUGAUUUCAUGCCGUGGGUGCGUUUCACCUCUAUCUCUCUCAGAUCCUGCAGGGAAAACUUUAGGAAACAGACGUGGGGAAUGUUGCUAUUCACGCUCCGUGGUCACUGAUACAUCACUUUUGUCUCUCUCGCUGAUUUCUGUCUGUCUCUUUAUCUCUUUGAUCCAACCACAACUAACUCAACCAUCUCUCAGUGUUCUAAGCUUCAGUUGCUGCUGUUUGACCUUCUGUUGAUCGCUGUGUCAUUUGGACACGGUUUCUAUUUAUGUACUCAGAAUAACUCCAGAUGAGUCCCGUUUGCUGCAUGUUGUAUGUCUGGUAAGUUUUGAAGAAGUAUUCAAUAAUGAUUGCAUAAAUUUUAUGGCACUGACCUCAUGUUUCUGGCAGCCAACGUUAUUUAAAGGAAUAGUUUAACAUUUAGGGAGAUGCUCGCUUUCUUCAGAAGUCACAUAAAAACAUUGAUUCUCUUGUGGGAAUAGUAAAUAAGAACCUACAACCAGCAGCUGGUUAGAUUAGCUUAGCACAGAGUCUGUGCAGUGGUAACAAAAAGUCACCUACCAGCAGCUCCAAAGCUCACUAAUAAACAUGUUGCAUCUCAUUUGUUUUAUACAAAAACCAGUGUAAGUGGUUGUGUACUUUUUUUUUACACUGGUUCAGUGACUACCUGGUGUCUUUUCGUCACUGUGAAGCUGACAUUCGUCCAAUAGAGACUCCAGGAAGCUACUGUGAAGAGAUGUUAGACUAUUCCUUUAAGAUACACUCAGACAGAGGCAGAAGUGACUCUUUGACUCGCUGAGAAGAGAACUCAAAACCCAGUGACUCCCAUUUGCAUUGUAGGAAUGCUGUCACUACCGUGUGCUGCGUUGUGACACUAACAAGGCAGGAAGCGUGUUUAAAAGCUAGAGGAGCACUGAUUGUCUUGAACAUCCCCCUGAUCACUGGCUCAGCACAAGGUCAGCACACCUGUGGGAACUAACUAGACUCCUCACCAGCUGUAAGGAAAUGCUGAUGGCAGCUCCGUCUUCGACCCCUCCACUGAGUGUCAGUUACACCCCGAGUUGUCCCAAUUUGUUGCACAAACAGCCCCAUCCCCUCUGAUCCCGUCUUUCCAUCCCUGAGCCGCAUGAGGGUUUCCAGUGAUUUCAUCUCCGAGGAUUGUGCCUUCAGAAAUUGCCUGUGGGACGGCGGCCAUUUCUGCCGGCAUUACAGCAGCCUGUGUGUCUGCUCCGUUCGCCCUCCUGCUCUGCCCCGACUGUUGGUGCUCCAGCACUAAAAAGCCCCCCGCUUCAGUGGCACCAUUAAUGUGCCAUGGCCGAGCCAGGCUCCUUUGCUCUCAUUUUCCCUCGCUGUCAUUCUCUCCCUUCGUCCCCCCCUCGCUCUCACGCUCUCUCUGAGGUUUCUUCUCUUUAUUGGAUGGUGCAGAAGCAGAACCACAAACCAAUUUCAGUCACUCUCGCAAUGAGGCUUGACGGGCCCAAUUUGUCUCCCUCCGGGGCAAUAGGAUCCACUCCAGCGUCCCUCAAAAGACCCCUUUCUUCCAGACGGAGAGGGAGCUUUUUGUUUGGUGACAAUUGCAAUUGAGCUCUUGCAGUUCAUGUGACUCACUGCGAUCCGGAGUCACUGAUGGUGUGCACAUUGCGGGCAAACUGUGUCAUCACGCAACAGUCAUGUAACAAUCAAAGUAUACAUCGAGUGCCUUUUAACAAAGCUUCCAAAUGAUUCCAAAUUAAACGCGGAACAGUUAAAGCAAAGCACACGGAAGAGCUUGUUAAAGAAGUUGUGCUAAGGACGAAUAUCGAAGCUACUUUAUGGUGCUAAAGAUGAAGCCGUCUUGAGCUUCUGCCUUCGUUGUGUUCACUGAUCUCUGUGACGAGCUGGCCGCUGCUCACCCUUUGGCCGCUGGUGUCACUCCUUACCGGCCACAAAAAGAAACCGGUUCCUCAAGUGAGCUGCACUGUUAAAGCCAUACGUGUGUUUUAUUUCCUUUUCAGUCACACGAUAAAUGCGUGCUGCAGAUUCUUGUCUUCCAUCUGCCGACAGAGGUCAGAAGCCACAUGUGUCGUUCAAACCGUCUCCGAGUGACUGUUCGGCUAUUUAUUGCCCAAUCAAAUCAACACAUGUCUUCUUCCUUUCAUCCGAUCUGCCACUCAACAUCUGCUUUCACUUGCCUUCAGGCUACGAUUUGCUCUUAUCUCCCAGUGAAUAACUCUCCUCCCACGUUACCGUCUUUAACGGCUAACAUCUGACAAAUGUUGGGUUUUAGGGGUCCCUGAUGUGCCAACCCUGCUCAUCUGUUCACCACUGUUACUUAAACUCACUGUAUUCCAUUUCUCGAUCAUUUUCAAGUGUCCUGAUGAAACAACAGAGCUGCUACACUAUAACUUUACCAGUUUUAAGCUAGUAUGUGUGUGUCCGUGUGCAUGUGUUUUUCUUAAUGUCUCAACUUUCACCAGGGUUGUGAAUACAGCAUAGCUAAAGCCACGUUCUCUCGACUUUUACAGCUGCUGUUUUGUAGAGUACAGAGGACAUUUUGAAGCUUAAUAGGACUCAUAAUGCAGGAGUUGCACAUCAGAGAGCAGAGCGUCCUACAAAUGGCCUGAGAUUCAGUCGUAAUGGCAUUAUGGGAAAUAGGAUUACAAAUAGCCAAGAGAUUAUGGGGGGGAAGAAAUGCACAACAAAGAAUAUCGGCUCUAUUUUGCUAAUGGAGAUUCAGGAAAGAAAAAGAUGUUAGGGCAGGUGUUUGCUACUAGUGCACAGUGCUAAUAUUUCACACAGUUCUGAGAGAUUACCCAACAAACAAAAACGGCUUUUUCUUAAUAGCACAAUGGCAUAAUGUACCUUUUCUGAAUACAAAUACCUUGUUGGAAGUGUACACAAGGCAUGCCUGCAAUUUUAAGGAGGCUGGAGCAGAAAUGUGCUCCCAGUCAGUCUAUGUGUCAGCACAAACCAGGAGCCGGCUACACCAGGGGAGAAAGUGUAGAAGAAGAGAAAAAAAAAAAAAAAGACAGGGUGAUCAUUAGCUCCUGUUGCCGGGCAGAAGUGGUCGUAGCCUGGAGUUGCAGCAGUGUGUUUCCUGUCCACGACUCCAGGGGGUGACCAGCAUGACCCCCAGCUAAUUAGCAACACAUUCCCUUCCUUUCUUAGUCCGUCACACCAACACCUCCUCUACUGUUGUUGUACACAGGCGCUAAUUAUUUUGCACCCUGCUCGAUCUUGACUUGUGUAUCCGACGUACUUCGCUGUCAGCCGUCAUUCCUCGUCAGUCAUGUCCUCAGCUGUCCUCUUCCUCGAGUUCCUUUGCAGCUUUUGGAGGAAAACAAGAGUCCGGUUGGUUGAUCUCUCGUCAUUGUUGUCUCAUCUCACCUGCCUCAUGGAUCUCGGACCCCACUUCACCAGAUUUGUGACAUGUUGCACGAACCUUGUAGGACUUUUUGCAAGACGCUUUUCUUUGUCAUUGCGAUCUAACAAGUGGCUUUUGUGAAACAGGCCGCUGAAUUUUAAUGCCUACAUUCUCUCUCAACAGGGACACCCAGUUGGAGGGUUGAUGUCCUUGUUGGCACGUCAUUUAUAUCGCUGAGCAUCCCCGCUAGAACACUCUUUACGGUUUGAAGGAUCUGUUUGCCGCCACAGUGCCAGGAAGUAAAGUUUAUGCAAUCAUGUGCUAAAUUUAGCAUAUUUUCGUGAUUAAACAUUUAUCUGUCAAUGCAGCAAAUCUCACUCAUCUGCAGCCCCAGUGAAAUUGAAUCUGAAUUUUCUGUUUGAUGCAGGAAGACGGGGAAAAUACUGUACAUUCAGAGCAAAAACAUUUAAUCUCCCUUCAGUGUCCUUUGGAAUAACUCUCUACAAGGUAACUCUGAUCUUCUGUGAGACUCCUGAUGAAAUACGGAUCUUGAGAGUUUCUCCAGUGUCAGUCUUUCAAGGCGAGGUGCUUAUUUCACUGCCUUUUUUAAAGAGGGGGAAAAAAAACACAACUUUCCGUCCCUGUACUCACCAUUUCUCACAAUCACUGCCGCCAUCCCUAAAUCUGACAGAAAAUCACUCAUGAGGUGUGUCUGCCUCGCUGUUACAGGAGUAAACUCAUUAGAUGUAUUACAUGUCAUGCUCAGUUGUCGUGAGGCUCUCGUGGAUUCAUCCUGUCGUGAGCGGAGUCGUAGCCAUUUUCCACGUCGAUUCUCGUGUUUUGUUUUUUUUUUUGUGGAAAAACAGUAGUUCAGAGUUACUCUCGCAGACUGUCUCUCACAGCAGAGCGUAAAGGAGAACUGUGGCUCAAUAACUCAUCACAGACCAGCACAUUCACACACACACACACACCAUGCAGUGGGAAAAUUGCUCAAACUAUCCCCCCCACUAGAGCGAGGCCCUGUGCUUUUAAUUGAUGCUUCGGUCCACCUUUGAUGAGUGCUAUCGAUUGGCCACGCAGCCCCAGGAGCUCAGCCACUCAGCCCUUGUGGAGUUCAAACAUCUCCCCGAGAAAUACAGAAUCUAACAAUCACUAGGAAAUGACCGAACAGAUUAUUUUGAGACAGCCAGCACAGAAAGUGCAUUAGGCCUUGGACUCAUGCACCAGAUUGUUUUUUAGAAAAAGAAAAAGAGGAACUAUUUAUUAGGACAGCAGAGCGGUUUUUAAUUUUACAUUUUUUGUCAGUUUUUCUCUUUUGUUUUUUUUUGUUUGUUUGUUUUUCACUUUUCUUUGUUUCGGCGCCGAGGAGGACAUGGUCACGCCUCGCACACGCUGCUCGGUGUGUGUGAUCUUUGAGAAAUUAUCUGUACAUCUGUGGAUGUUAGGAUUUGACUUGGGUUUUAUGAGUUGUUUUUCUCUCUCUCUCUCUCUCUGAUGAAGCUUUCAAUAAAAAAAUGUGGAGAAAAAAAAGCA